UAAUAAAACAAAAAAAAAAAAAAACACGCUGGCCCUUUAAAUCCAGGCCACGCCCCUUUCCGCGCUCGCGCAGCGGCAAAACGUGGGCCACGCCCAGUAAGCGCAGGCGCGCGGCGCUUCCUCGUAGGCCACGCCCUCCUUCCCUCAGCCCGCGCGCGCCGGGAAGCGGGAAAAGAACCGGAAGCUCCCUCAGGAAUCCCGCAGGGGUUCGGGAAACCCCGGGGCCUUCCCGGGACCCCUCAGGGGCUCAGGGACCUUCCCGGGACCCUCCCGGGACAUCCCCGGGACUCUCGGGAGCCGCCGCCAUGUCGGACUCCGGGCAGAGCCCCGCCCCCAGCGCGCGGCGCCGCUGCUGGAACCGCGAGAAGGAACCGGAAGGAGGAGGUGGAGAGCGGAAGGAGGUGGGGGAGGAGCCAGCUGGGCCCCUGCAGAAGACCCCGAUCAUCCUGGCCAAGCCCCCGGCCGAGCGGCAGCCGCUCCCAUCGGCACCAAAGGCGGGGCCGGUGCAAGCCCCGCCCCCUCCCGCCCCGGCCCCGCCUAUCGUGCUGAUGAAAGCACGGGGGGAGGAGGGUCGUGGAGGGGGCGUGGCCUCGGCGGGGACUGGGGAGGGGCCUGCGCAGGCCCCGCCCCUCGAGAGGGAGGGGCCACGCCCCACCCAGCCCGUCUAUCAACUGCACAGCCGGGGGCUGGCCCCGCCCGCUGCUCUCGACCCCGCCCAGGCCCAGGCUCGGCUGGCGGCGCCCGAGAAGAUGAAAACCAGUAUCAAACUGGUGGACGAGCAGAUGAACUGGUGCGACAGCGCCCUGGAGUUCCUGCUGGAGCAGACGGACGUGCUGGUGGUGGGAGCCUUGGGGCUGCAGGGAACUGGGAAAUCCACGGUGCUGUCACUGCUGGCUGGGAACCAGCCCGAGGAGGAUCCCAGGUCCUUCGUGUUCCGGCCGCAGCCGCCGGAGCUGCGGGAAAGGGGCGGGGCCCAGACCGGGGGCAUCGAUCUCUUCGUCACCCAGGAGCGCGUGCUCUUCCUGGACACGCAGCCCAUCCUAAGCCCCGCCCACCUGGAUCACCUGAUCAACAACGACCGGAAGCUCCCUCCGGAAUUCGCGCUGCCCCACGCCUACGUGGAGACGCAGUCGCUGCAGAUCGCCGCCUUCCUGUUCACCGUGUGUCACGUGGUGCUGCUGGUGCAGGAUUGGUUCACGGACCUGGGGCUCUACAGGUUCCUGCACACAGCCGAGAUGGUGAAGCCGCCGACGCCGUCCCCGAGCCACGACUCGAGCGGGGCCGGGGCUGAGGAGCCCUCGGAGUAUUAUCCACACCUGGUGUUCGUACAGACCCGGGCUCCCCCCGAGUGUUUCUCCCCGCGGCGCCUGGCGCAGAUGCAGCGAGUGCUGGGCAGGCUCAUGGCUCACUCCCGCCUCAAGUACCGGGGCUCCCUGUCCAUGCGGGAGCUGCUCCCCAGCAGUUCCAGUCUGGGGGUGCCCCCGGCCCCCCCCGAGGCCGAGGUCAAUCUGUUCCUGCUGCCCCCCCUGGAGGACGAGGCCGAGGACGCCCUGCCCCGGGCAGGUGGGGGAGGGGCUCUGUUCCCAGCCCUGCCCCCAUUCCGGGGUCGGGGGGGGGUCGGGGGGCUCCUGGCCCGGCUGAGGGGGAGGGUCCUGGCGGCCGCACGCUCCCAGUUAUCCCACAGCCUGCUGACCGAGAGGAACUGGUUCCACUACGCUGCCCGCAUCUGGGACGGGGUGAAGAAAUCAUCGGCCUUGGCCGAGUAUGGCCGCUUACUGGGCUGAACUGGGAGCACUGGGAGGGCGUCACUGGACCAAUAAACCGCCUGGAAACCCC